AUGGAUAAUUAUUGGAUUGGCGAGGAUUCUGCUACGAUGAGAGACAUCACUGCUCACUUAAAAGCAACACCAAUAUUUUUUGAAGGAGAACGAGCAGAAAUAACCCAGAGAAUCCAUAACAAGUCAGUGGAUAUUAUUGGUACCAGUCGGUUCGUGUAUAAGAGUGAUAUAUCCUCAUCUUUUAAUUCGCUUUCGGGAGAUUUCAUUUAUAGCAAACAUGAUGACAUAGUGGCUGUAGUACCAAAAGUGAAAAGAUUACCAGUCAUUAGGUCACUUCUUGAUAUCUGGGAUAGUGGAACCUGGAUUCUUCUCCUGUCACUUUUAGUCGCAUUUCCCCUAGCACUCAAGAUUUUAUCGUAUUCCUACAAAAAGUCUAAAGGAACGUAUCUGGAGUAUGUACUGAUAUGUUGGCAAAUCAUAAUGCAAUCCCCUACACCAACGAAGUUCACUUCACAACCUUUGAUUCGACUGGUAUUACUAGCUUGGAUUAUAUUCAGUGUUAUUUUCAACACCAUCAUUACCGUGAAAAUUUGUGAUGUCAUCUUGAAUCCAAUAUUCGGAAAUAAUAUAGAAUCUUUGGAAGAAUUGAAAGCUACUGGAUACAAUAUAUAUGGCACCAAAUAUUCAGUGAAGGAAAUUCCGAGGCAAUAUGGAUUGGAGAACCAGCUGAGGGUGAUCACUUUGAAAAUGAUAGACAUCAUGGUAGAAAAUAAAACAACUAAUGUGGCAUAUAUUAUGCGCAGAACAUCGGCUCAACAUUACCUUUCUUCUCAGAGGAAUGAUCCAUUUUACAAUAUAGUGGAUGAGACUUUGGUUCCAGGAAUCCUGGUGUAUUUGAUUCCGAAAAAUUCACCGUUUCAAACGUCGUUGGAGAUGUCCGUUUUAUUGAGGAAGGAGUAUAUAUCGAAUAGAGAGACCUGGAUAUCCUAUCAGAAGGAACCACAAGUUAUCAGUCUGGGAAAUCUGAGUGGUAUUUUUUUGUUAGAUACUGUGGGAAAUGUGUUUGCCUUCAUAAUAUUUUUGUUGGAGCUGAUACUAGGAAAGCGUUGA